UGAACAUGUAUCAUUAUAGUCAACUCCAGAUUCAAAUUAUGAACAUGUAUGAUUAUAGUCAACUCCAGAUUCAAAUUACGAACAUGUAUGAUUAUAGUCAACUCCAGAUUCAAAUUAUGAACAUGUAUGAUUGUAGUCAACUCCAGAUUCAAAUUAUGAACAUGUAUGAUUAUAGUCAACUCCAGAUUCAAAUUAUGAAUAUGUAUGAUUAUAAUCAACUCCAGAUUCAAAUUAUGAACAUGUAUGAUUAUAGUCAACUCCAGAUUCAAAUUAUGAACAUGUAUGAUUAUAGUCAACUCCAGAUUCAAAUUAUGAACAUGUAUGAUUAUAGUCAACUCCAGCUACAAAUUAUGAACAUGUAUGAUUAUAGUCAACUCCAGAUUCAAAUUAUGAACAUGUAUGAUUAUAGUCAACUCCAGAUUCAAAUUAUGAACAUGUAUGAUUAUAGUCAACUCCAGAUUCAAAUUAUGAACAUGUAUGAUUGUAGUCAACUCCAGAUUCAAAUUAUGAACAUGUAUGAUUAUAGUCAACUCCAGAUUCAAAUUAUGAACAUGUAUGAUUAUAGUCAACUCCAGAUUCAAAUUACGAACAUGUAUGAUUAUAGUCAACUCCAGAUUCAAUUUAUGAACAUGUAUGAUUAUAGUCAACUCCAGAUUCAAAUUAUGAACAUGUAUGAUUAUAGUCAACUCCAGAUUCAAAUUACGAACAUGUAUGAUUAUAGUCAACUCCAGAUUCAAAUUACGAACAUGUAUGAUUAUAGUCAACUCCAGAUUCAAAUUAUGAACAUGUAUGAUUAUAAUCAACUCCAGAUUCAAUUUAUGAACAUGUAUGAUUAUAAUCAACUCCAGAUUCAAUUUAUGAACAUGUAUGAUUGUAGUCAACUCCAGAUUCAAAUUAUGAAUAUGUAUGAUUAUAGUCAACUCCAGAUUCAAAUUAUGAACAUGUAUGAUUAUAAUCAACUCCAGAUUCAAAUUACGAACAUGUAUGAUUAUAGUCAACUCCAGAUUCAAAUUAUGAAUAUGUAUGAUUAUAGUCAACUCCAGAUUCAAUUUAUGAACAUGUAUGAUUAUAGUCAACUCCAGAUUCAAAUUAUGAACAUGUAUGAUUAUAGUCAACUCCAGAUUCAAAUUACGAACAUGUAUGAUUAUAGUCAACUCCAGAUUCAAAUUAUGAACAUGUAUGAUUGUAGUCAACUCCAGAUUCAAAUUAUGAGAAUGUAUGAUUAUAGUCAACUCCAGAUUCAAAUUAUGAACAUGUAUGAUUAUAAUCAACUCCAGAUUCAAAUUACGAAC